UCGUAAACGAACAGCGCCAACGCCACUCACGUUGUCGUACUUACAAUCAUAUUAUACGCCGCACCGCUCGCCGCCGCAGUGUGUUUUUUUUUCCGCGUACUUUCGUCGCCUAAUCCGCCGCGCAACCGCGGUCCACCCCCGGCCGCCGCCCACACAUCCCGCGCCGAGAGUGCGCGACGGACCGCGCGGCUCGCACACAGGUCGUACGCGCAAGAAGAAGUCGUCGUUCCGCGGAAAAGCCGAGGACCGCGCAUAGCCGACCGAUUGGUCUUACGUCACAUCUAAGUCCGAUCGAAAAAUCGUCCUCCUCCUUCCGUAGUACUAGUGACAUAUCCAUUGGCCCGUGACCCGUCAUCUGCUGUACCAUCGCACCCCGACUGGUAUUAUAUACACGGUAUACCGUGCACAAUGGCCGCCCCGCAUGGUAUUAUAAUGGUAUAUUACAUGACCAUUGCACUGUAAUAUAUUACUGUUUACGCGACAAUUAUUACGAAUAAUAUAAUACUGCUGUAUUAUUAUCUGCACGACGACAACAGCAGCUCACCACCGCCGCCACUGUCGCGGCGAGCCCGCGAACCACUGCCRCAUCCGCCGUCAAGUCCGUUUUCCCGCCGCUCCGCAAAGGUGAAUUCAAACGAUUUUUGUCGCCGCUUCAUUCUCACACCGGACUAAACCAUGGCUGCAGUAUUGAGCGCAGUUCAAGGAUUUUUCGACAACUAUGGAGACCCUCGUACCAAGGAUUGGUUUUUAAUGAGCAGUCCUCUACCCACGGCACUGAUAUGCGCUACGUACGUGUUCGUUGUCAAAAUUGCGGGACCACGACUUAUGGCCAACCGCAAACCGAUGGAAUUGAGGAACAUACUCAUCGCGUAUAAUCUUUUCCAAGUCAUAUUCAGCUCUUGGUUGUUCUAUGAGCUUGGCAUAUCAGGUUGGCUGACUGGCAGGUAUAAUUUCCGGUGUGAGCCGGUAGAUUACUCGAAUCAUCCAAUGACCCUGCGGAUGGUCUACGCAUGUUGGUGGUAUUAUUUCUCAAAAUUCACAGAAUUCAUGGACACGAUAUUCUUUGUUCUCCGCAAAAAGGAUAGGCACAUUUCGACCCUGCACGUGAUUCAUCACGGAGUGAUGCCAUUGAGUGUGUGGUUUGGAGUGAAGUUCACACCAGGCGGUCACAGUACGUUCUUCGGACUGCUGAACACAUUCGUCCACAUAAUCAUGUACUCGUACUACCUAUUGGCCGCCCUGGGCCCCAACGUGCAAAAAUACUUGUGGUGGAAGAAGUACUUGACCACCCUGCAGAUGGUGCAAUUCUUGGCCAUCAUGAUACAUGCAUUCCAACUGCUCUUCAUUGACUGCAACUACCCAAAGGCUUUCGUGUGGUGGAUCGGCAUGCACGCAGUUAUGUUCUUCUUCUUAUUCAAGGAGUUUUACAAGCAACAGUACACUAAACCGUCGAAACAAGCGGCCAGCACCCAAUCCAAAUCCUCGGCCAACGGUGCAUCCAAGUCGUCCAACGGCUACAGCAAACAGUCGGACUACUACAUAAACAGCAAUGGACUGUCUAGGCCCGACCUAGUACACAGGGCCACGGCCGGAGCGAACUGACCGCUGCCGCCGCCGCCGCUGACGACGGAAAGCCACUGCAACCGCCGACAUCGCCGCCGACGCUGCUAAACGGUCGUUGCUGCCGCUGCCGCCGCCAACAAUAUUGCUCAACACGCCCAAAUUAUUAAUAUUAUUUGACCUACGGAUGUGUCUGUAUUCCGAGCAGACGUUUUUUUUUUAUUGGACAAAUUUAUCCA